AUGACUGAUUUAAGGGUGAUGUUUGCUCGCCUCAGUUUAUUUGAUGAUGGAAGUUUGCUAGUUGAGCUUCAGAUUAAGCUUGCGUGGAUAGAGCAAAUUAAGGCUAAACAGAUAGAAGACGAGUCUUUGGGCCUUUACUUUCAACAAGUUAAGAGUGGGAAUGCUAUGAAUUUUGGACUGAAUAACGAAGGGGUACUCUAUUUUCGAGGGAGAAUCUAUGUACCAAAAGAUAUGGAAUUGAGGCAGUCAAUACUAAGAGAGGUGCAUAGUUGCCCCUGUGCUAUGCAUCCUAGCGGAAAUAAGAUGUACCGAGACUUUCCUAGUCAAGAUUCCACUUUGAAAGUGGGAGAGAGUGACUAUAGUAGGUUACCCCUCACACCCACUAAGAAUGAUUCUGUAUGGGUCAUCGUGAAUCGAUUGACCAAGUUCGCUUAUUUCAUACCGGUUCGUACCGACUACUCUCUGCAAAAGCUGGCUAAAUUGUAUGUGUCUAAGAUAGUGAGACUGCAUGGGUAUUGUCUUCCAACUAAGCUAGAGCUGAGACUGAGGAAGUUGAGAGCGGUGCUCAAGCUUCCGUUUAAUGAGUUGCAGCUAGUGGUAGUAGAAGGCCUGUAUCUGAGGGCCGAAGUGAGGUGGAAAAAGAAGCCUUCUUGGAAUUGA